GCCAGUGAUUUCAGACGAGCCACGAUACGCAAAGGGGGAUUUACUACGCCAAUCUGAGCCGGGGAAGCUUGCGGCGAUAGCCUAUAGGUACCAGGUUUUGGCCAGACAGUAUCGAUCUGUGACAUCUGGUUGGAAAGAAAUCUUUGCGUAAUUACGCCUCUCUCCUCUCUGCGCAUCUACCUGGCCUGGAUAAGUGUUGUGCCAUGUCUCUGCCACGCACACUUGGGGAGCUGCAGCUCUAUCGGGUUCUGCAAAGGGCCAACCUGCUGGCUUAUUAUGAAACCUUCAUCCAGCAGGGCGGUGACGACGUGCAGCAGCUCUGUGAGGCAGCAGAGGAGGAGUUCCUGGAGAUCAUGGCCUUAGUUGGCAUGGCCACCAAGCCGCUGCAUGUGCGUAGGCUGCAGAAGGCCCUCCGAGACUGGGCGGCCAACCCUGCCCUCUUCAACCAGCCUGUCGCUAAUGUUCCCCUCGGGGGCAUCCCUCUGUUCAAAGUGGACGGUACAGGCUCAAGUGGAUCCAGGAAUUCUGUGAGUAACGGGCAGCCCGGGUCACCCUGUGAGAGGGAGGAUCGGGCAUGUCUUACCCCAAUGCACAGUGGGAGUCCCAGAAGCCCCUGCUCCCAGGCCUCCCCACAGCCACCAGACACACACUACAGGGAAAAACUGUCACCCAUGGACCCGCACUGGCUCAGCCCGGAGCCAGAUGGAAACUGUUCAGCAUCUGGAUUAGAGGAGGAGCCACCCAGCCCACCUCUGCCGUCAACGUGUCCUCCCGGUCCCUCCACAUCUCCCAGUCCCUCUGCUUCUGUCGCCCCUGCAGCCCUGUCAGCCUGGCCCGGAGGACAGCUGGACGGGGAGACGGCGAGAGCAGUGGUGGAGAGCGUGGAGAGGCUCCUCAGGACUCUGCCAAGGUCAGAUCCUGCGGAGGUGAAGACUCUGCUGAGGAUGAACAAGAAGUUGGCAAAGACUGUAGGCCACAUCUUCAAAAUGGGGUCCCAGGACGUGAACAAGGAAGAGGAGAUCCGGAAAUACAGCCUCAUUUAUGGACGCUUCGACUCCAAGAGGAGAGAAGGCAAGCAGCUCACACAUCAUGAGUUGAUCAUCAAUGAAGCUGCUGCCCAGUUCUGUAUGCGCGACAAUGCCCUUCUGCUGAGACGAGUGGAGCUCUUUUCAUUGGCUCGGCAGGUGGCGAGAAAAUGUGCCUACACCUCCACUCUGAAGCAUGCAAGGACAAAUUCAGAUGAGAACAGUGUGUUGCCACAGAAGAGAGCAAGACAUGAGGUAAUGGUGCCGGAGAGCGUAUCAUCACUUCUCGGAGUGGAGAGCUCAGAGUCCUUGACCCAGAGAGCAGACGAUGACAGUUUAUCUGCAGAGAGCCUCGACAGUGUAUCACAUGACACGGGCUCACAGUGCAACCAGUCUCCUUCCCCUCAUCCCCACUCUGACACAUCCAACCCCGCCAGCUGGAGUCGCCACCUCAUACAGCAGACACUGAUGGACGAGGGGCUGCGAUUGGCUCGGAUGGUGUCUCAUGAUCGGGCUGGCAAGAUCAGCCUAGGGUCAGAAGGGACCCGCUCCUCAGACCAUGACAGUAAAGUGGAGAAGCGGGGCUCAUUAACAGCAUGCAGGAGCAGUAGCCCCUGCAUCACCAAAGACAACUCCAAUCACCGAGGGAAAUGAAAAGUGCUCCGAGGUUAUCAGGGAACUCGAUGUGCUCAGGCCCAAUGCUGAACUUCACUCAGACUUCUGCACAGGCUGUUACUGAGCAGGUUUUCUCCACAUGUACUUCACUGACAUCACACACAUCUGAGUGACUAGAAAGUCUUUACAGUUCAUUUCAGAAUUUACCAGUGACUGAUCUCAUCCACCUGCAGUGACUUCUAAAUGCUGUGGAUCAAGUUCAACAACGUUUAGUUUUAUUAAGUAAAUGUUCAGCGGAGUCAAUUUUUAGUUUUAGUUUUCAAAUUCAUGGACUUUGUGUCCUGCGGAUUUGAUCUUAUCGUUUAAAAAGUGAUUUUAUCAGGAAAAAAAAUGAUAUUUUUGUUCAAUGGAUCAACCUGUUGUGAGCUGUGCUGUAAAUUCCACCUGUUUCAGAUGCGAUGGUAUCGCCACAGCAGGGGGCACUGCAACUUUGGAAAUGGACUCUCUGAACUUAAAAUUUAGUGCCAUGGAGGGAAUUUGCAGACUCAGCACGUAAUAUAAUAACAAGACUAUAACAACAGUCUCAGCACCUUCAGGAAACACGUCGACAUGGUAGUCAAAGAUGGUGUUCCUUAGAAUCAAAGAUAAUCUACGUAGAUGAAGUAGGAAAACAUUUAUCAGAGCAUGAACACAAACACUGCUGUUAGGUUCAGAUGCCUUUUGUCCUUUUUACUGCAUCAUCUAGCCACCUGUCAGAUCAGAAGAGACACCCUGAGAUCUAUAUAUACACACAGUAUAUAUAUGAAGCCACCAGCUUUCAUUUUCUCUCUCACAUCCUUCUUCAACAGUAUUUUUCCACAAACAGCUGAAAUUGUUUGCACGAAAAAACACAAUCAACACUUCUGUUUGAGACAUUUCAUUAUUUUAAAUGAUGUGGAAAAUGUAAACAGUUUCUAAACUCAGCAGCAAUAGAAAAGAAUACAGACACUAUAUCGAUUUCCAGGAGAUUGAUUUUCACUAAUUUCUUUAAACAGAGGAGUUAAGUUUCAGACUCUGGGAGCAGCAGGGCUCAGCAUCUUGCUCAAGAACAUUUCAUCAGGGAGGAUGUUUUCUGAUGUUGUGCAGCCUUUCGGUGAAACUGCUUUCCGAACUACAUUGUGAGAUUUACAAAAUGAUACAUUUAAAAACACAGUGUCACAGUAUUUAAAAAGAUGUGGGGAUAAGUAUAGAUUUUUGAUGCAAUGUGUUUAGGUGUAUCUGACACUUGUGGGCUGUAGCAGUGUGUAUUUUGGGAUGAUUUCUUUAGAUUAAGAUAUUAGCAAGAUCAACUUUAUGAUAGUUUCCUUUUUUUUAAACAAUUCUUUUCCCCUCUGAGACUCACAAUAACUUUAAAAAGAAAAUGACAUGCAAAGGUUUACAGAAAGAAAUCUCAUGGUGCUUGACCUUUGAUUCAGCAGCACCUGCAAUUCAUUUCAACCCAUGGCUCUUAUAAGGAGGAGUUGAAAUGGGCUUAGACAAGGCAAAUAUUGAUAAUUGAUGAAAAAGGUUUUUGUACUCUCCACCACAGAUACAGUAUGUCAGUGAGGUACCUUGCUGUGUUUCACCUGCCUGUCUGCUGAGCAUU